AAUAGCUUACGGAUCUAGCCGCAUGGAGCUUUGUUUGUUUUCCCAAACGUCAGCCUCUUAGAAAUCCGCCCAGCACGUUAACGGAUUAAAAGCCGGUUGUGGUCGUUUUUAUCAAGUUCCCAGUUCCGGAAAAUUACGUCACAGCGGCGCCUGCUAAAAUGUCAGUUCUGCGACUCUUCGGUGGUGAAAUCAUUUCCAUUUAUCGCCAAACGUUACUCACUUCGUUCGCUGGUCCUGCAGCAAGGCAUAUCGGCACUGUUUCGCAGCAGCUGCGAGCAGCGGCCAGCACGGAAAAGGAAGCGGAAACAGCGGAAGAAGUGGCUGGGGACGAGGAACAAGCAGAAACCAACGCAGAUAAGCAGCGCGUUGUGGCGGAAGAUGAUCCGAAGGAUCGCACACGGAUAAUCCCGGUGGAAACGAGCGUCCGGUAUUUGGCGAGCGAAGCGUACCGGCAAACCUAUCAGGACGAUCCGGUGUGGAAGCACUAUCGACGCAAUCACAAGGGCGCCUAUCCAUCGAAGUUAACCCGCAAAACGUGCAUACGCAAGGGCCGCAUCUCGACCGGCAACCCGUGUCCGAUCUGUCGCGACGAAUACCUUGUGCUCGAUCAUAACAACAUCGAUCUGCUCAAGCAAUUCAUCUCUCCGCAGACGGGUGAAGUGUUGAGCUACCGGGUAACGGGGCUGUGCCAGAAGAAGCACCUGCAGCUGCUCGUAGCCGUCGAGCGUGCGAUGGACCGCGGCAUGCUAACGUUCGAUGUGCCAUUCCGGGAGUACGAUUACAGUGAAUAUUACGCGACGAACGAGGUGAAGAAAGCAGUGAAAUAGGACACGGACAAAGUGGUGCGUGUUGCGAGAUAGAAUUUAAGCAUUUUCAAACAGUAACAUUAACACGUAGCUAGUGGAAGUGUAGAGAGUUGUCGAGAAAGAAAAGAUACAGGAGCAUUAAAAGAAAACCUUCACAAACGGU